AUGGGUCUUUGAGUGCAAUAAUGGAUGAAAUGAAUGAAUCGCAUAAUAGUCUCGAAGAUUGGAUUGCCUUUAAGAAAGACAUCUUUGCCAUCAAUGACAAGACACGAAAACAUCGAUUUCUCGUGGCUUACAAUCACAUCGAGAACUCGAUUGCCAUCACAUGUUGUGAGGGCACGAGACGGGCGGCUGAUAAGCGCAACAAAUCAAUGGCCUCUUCGUUGACUCUACAGAAUCUGAUUGAUGUGAACAAAGAGUUAUCGCUUAUUCGUCCAAAACUGGACCAAUACUUCCAACCAAUCAUAGAACUGAUCCAAAGCCGUAAUUCGCAUUCGAGGUUAUAUUCAUUGAUAAUGAGUUUGGGUUUCGGGCUGUGGUUCGGACAAAAGUCUGAGGAUUUGAAUGAAGAGGUUUGCCUUAAAAUCGGUCAAUACUUGGAGACGGCUCUAACCAUCUGCGGCCAUAAACUAGUCUUCAAUAUCUUAUUUGAAAUCGACUUUUGGAACGGUUUUGAAGAGAAUAUUCAGGAUUUACGGGUAAAAGGAUUUGAAAACUUGUUAAAUGAUUCACUGAAAGAGUUGAAUUCAAUCAUCAAAAUGCGAUCAAAUGCGGAAACUUUGUUGGAAAUGACGUCUAUAUAUGAAAUAGAAGAUCAAAUGAUGGCUAAUGUGUUGCAGAAUUUGGCAGAACUCUAUAACUUUCAGUUACAGCCUUUCCUUAAGCUAAGAGAAUUGGCCCACAAUUGCACUCAAAGCGCUCAACUCGUCAUUAAUAGUCCAGAUUUGGGACAAAGAGUUAAAAAUGAGGCAAAAAUGGAGUUAAAAGAGUCGAGAGAGCAGUACAUGAGUUCGACGGAAGCCAUACAACAGCUCUAUCAGGACUACUACCGAAAGACUGUCGAACUGUUCGCCGAACAGACGGGCAGAAUGAGGAGCGACCAGAAGAGGUUCGGAGAAACGGCGUUUCAGAUCAUGGGAUGUCUCAGCCGUCUCCACAAACUGGAACUCUUCCUCACAGAAGAGAAUCUGAAACUUUUGAAUACAAUUCAAAUAACAAAAGAGUUUCAAAAAAGUCAAUUCAGAGAACAAAUGAAUGAAACCAACAAUAAAUUUGAUUUAAAACUAAUGGAAAGCGAAUUGUUUGAUAUGGAAAUCAAUUGCAUUGACUCUAAACUAGACAUCAUUUGCGAAGAGGAAAAACUUACGAAACAUAAAAUUAUGAUUUUGGAGACGGAAUCUAAACUUAACGACAAUACCGAAGAGUUCUUUGAUGCCAUUGAAGAUGAAAAAGAGCUUAAAAAUAUCGAAACUACUUCUCGUAAGGAGAGAGACAUUCGUAAAAAGUUAUCACCGCUUAAGACGAAACUGAAUAAUUUGAACCGAAAACGAGCUCUUCUUAGAAAUAAACGAAAACAAUUGGUUUCUAAUAAGGAAUCCAAACAACUGAAUGUCGCCAAAGAGAAAGACAAUUAUGAAAAGCACCACAAAAUUCAUACGAAAAGAACUAAUAGUAAGACUAAUAAUGUAUUUAUUGACAAAAGAAGUGAUGAAAACUUAAAACAAAUCCGAAAGAAGACUUUGGAAAGACUCCGGAAUUAUAAAUUGAAAGCAUUGGUCACUCAAAGCAAAGACUUUAAUUGUGAUGAUAAUGACGAUAACGAAGACGAACUUCCUCUUCCUCCUUAUCCAGACCUAAGCGAACAUCAAAUCAAUAAACAUGUAAUGGAUUUGCCAUUACCUCCGCCUUUAGAUUUGGAUCAAAUGUGUGAACAAACACCCAAUUCAGACAAUGCCCCCAAUGUAUGUGCCAAUGCCAACAAUCCCACUUCAACCAAAUCUUCAGCACUACAACCACCCCCUCCACCGCCACCCCCUCCGCCGCCACCACCACCAGUGCCACAGCUUGUAAUUCCUUCGGCAUUGAAAUUGAAUAUCAAGAAAAAAGACGUCAAUUCUCGCGCGGAAGUGAUACCACAGAAUAGGAUCGGUUUAAUCGAUUUGAAAGAUAUUCUCAAAAUGAAAGACAAUCUCAAACCGACUCAAAGUCGGAAAGAAGGCAAUGAACCCAAAGAGGAGAUGAAAGGCCAACACAAGACACUAUUGGAAGCCGUCCUCAAUAAAAGGCGGGAUGUUAUGGAAGAAUCGGAUGACUCUGACAGCGAAAGUGAUGAUGAGUUCCAAUGA